GUGUUGGUUACUGUUAGAAAAACUCAAAUAUGCCUAUUGUCUGUAUGGAGUUUUCCAGGCCCCUCUGUGGCAGAGGAAUGCUUUAUAAUUGUUCACUGUUACGACAAUUGCUGCCAGGCUGUGUAGACACUGUAAAUAUACCUGUACUACAAGAACAUAUCAUUAAGGUGGGAUAAAGGAAUAGCAAAAUUCUCUCAUGUUUAAAGCAAAGGACUCAUUUUUAAAGGUAAUGUUGUUACUUCCCUCUAUUUAUUCAGCUUUUGACUGUUUCAAUUCCUCAACUGAUGGAAACAUUAAAAUAUACCAAUGUCAUAAGGUGCCACAAAAUCCUUAGAGACCUUCUACAGAAAAAUAUUCUUCCGUAGAAGACUUACAGACUUUAUGUAAUUUAAACAUUUCCUUCCUUUUUGUGCAUGUAUGUGUGUGUAUUCUGCAAUAUUAGAUUGUAAAGGUAAUAUUAAUUGUUCAAUUAUUACUCACUAAUUGUUUCUACACUUUACGUUUUCAAAGAAGAUUGUAAAAAUCAUCUUUACUUACAAGCUGGUUAGGCUGUUGCCAUUGAAUUUAAUAGCUAGUCUGUAAUAAUAUAACUGAGCAAUAAAAAAAUGGAAUAAUGGCUUAUGCACUGUCUUACUAAAAACAAACAAAAUAAAACAACCCUGUAAUACAAUGCAUUGAACAGACAUUUAACUCUUUGUUGCCAUUUGCAAGCCAGUUUAUUGCCACAGCAAUAAAUAUAAUGUAAAUAUAAUACAAUGUAAUAUAUUGUAAUAUAACCAAGUAAUAUUUUUGCAUCUCAAGAGCUCUCAAGUCCCUGUCAGCUUCAUUCUAUAGCUGAAAAUAAAGACACAGCUGAAAAGAAUUACUAUUCCAUAGCUAACAGGAGCUAACAGGAGGAGAAUAGGAGCACAUUCUAGGGAAUAGAAUAACAGCAGAUGACGCACUGAAAAAUAUUCCAGAAAUGUAUGAAAGAGAACAUUCAGCCAUCCAUCCACACAUGAUGAAUCUUAGGUGAGGAAGAGGAGCAUAGACAGACUUUCGUAUCUCCUGAAGUUUGAAGAUAAGCUAUGGGCUGUGCCUCGCUUUUGGGGCACAUCCUUCUUAAAGGUAAAAAUCAGGGAAAGUGUAUGUGCCAAACUCCCUUCUACUCUCCCGUAUGAUCUUGCAGGAAACCACGUCCCAUAUUGUGGAAGUCUGAGCUGAUUUACUUAAGCUUGUCAGUAAUUAUCAGCCAGAAGCUUAUCUGUUAGAAGUAGUUAAGUGUAGUUAAAUGUAGCAUUGACUUUUGUUGAAUGUAUUAGUGAGAACAUUCUUUGCAUGAAGAAUUGGUGAAGGUUUCGGUUUGUUUUCCCAGCAAAGAAAACAGUGCAGAAAUUGCUGUAGUAGUAAAUAUGUGAUGGGUUGUUUAUUUGCUGAAAUACAGCCACGCCUCCAGCGCUCACAAGGAGUUCAACCACUUACUUAGAUUUGGUACUGGUACAUAUGCCAGGGAAACUCACUUUCUAAAUUUUCUUUCAAAAAGAGACUGAAUUAGAAGCCUGUGAGCUGAAAGUUUGACGGUGCACUUGUAAGUGAGUCCUUUCUUGGGAAGCUGAACUUCCUUUCCUUAGAAGACCAUAAAAAAAAAGUCUUCAUUCCUUUCACCAGGGCCAUCAAGCCUUGCCCAGCCACUUCGUUUUCAGAACUCGUUUUCUGUUCACAGCUAUUUUAUCCUCUGUAUCCAAGGAUUACAACUGGAAAUUUGUGUCUCGGUCCAUUAACAGUAUAAUUUAAAAUACCUUCAAGCCAUAACAAAAUUGCUAUUAUUUUAAUAAAACUUUCUCAGCUCUAAAGUGAGUAUUGUUUCCAGGAAAUAAUUGUGUAUAAUGCUACUGCUAAUCAGUUUAAAUAAUCAUUGUAAAUCCUGGAAAUAGGAUCUUUCAAAAGAUCAAUUACAAUUAGCUGAAAGAUUGAACAGCUUCAGCUAUCAUGCAGUCAGUGUAGGUUUAGAUAGAAACUUUAAUAAUGACUUUAAGUGUGAUAGAGCAAAUAUGGAGAAGAACUUACAUGGAAGCAACAGAUGCAAUUCUGGGGCCAAAAUACUCAUUGCUAUAAGGCUAGGAUAAACCAUUAAGUUAAACAAAUGAAUUAAUAAAUAAAACCCAAAUAAAAGCAAAGCAACAAAACUCAAGGAGAUAAUCAAAUGUUGGGUGUUUUUUAAUAGAAGUGGUGCAUAGAAAAGGAGAAGAAUUAUGCCCUCACUUAGAAUCAAAGCAAACUGUGCCACGCUUUUUUACAAAGCCCAGCAGGUUAUCUCUAAGUGUAUCAGCUCAGGAAACAGGUUAAUGUAAUUUAAAAUUCAUUUACAAAAUUAAAACACAUAAAGUCAGGUUUGUACAUGAAUUCUGGAGGGUCUGACUUCUACAGACAGCUCAUAAGAUUAUUCCUGUUCCUUAAAUCUGAGCAUGCAAGGAGCCCCUCAGAGGUUAUGGAAAAUUCCUUUUCCUGGAUGUGAGAGAAAAUGCUCCAUGUGCCUGCACAUUUCCUCACCACACAAAAGAAACAGCAGUGUUGGCAGGACCCGUGCAGAGGUGGUUCAGGAAGUUCAGAAGAAAGGACUCUUAAGGCGACCAAUGGAUUUAAUGUUAGCUGCGUAUCUCGUUCUGGCAGCGGGGUUUUGCAUAUUCAGGGGCAUGAUUGCUCUGGAUUGCCCUGCUGAACUCUGCCGGCUAUAUAUUCAACUGCACGAGCCUUAUAUAAAAGAUCCUGCUGCCUAUCCUAAGCUUCAGAUGCUGGCAUAUAUGUUCUACUCCGUGCCAUACUACGUGAUUGCUUUGUAUGGCCUACUGGUGCCUGGUUGUUCCUGGAUGCCUGAUUUAACCCUUAUACAUGCUGGAGGACUAGCUCAGGCUCAGUUUUCCCAUAUUGGUGCUUCUCUUCAUGCCCGAACUCCUUACAUCUACAGAGUCCCUGAAGAAGCAAAACAGUUUUUUCUGAUAUUGAACAUAAUGUAUGGGAUUCUUCCCCAGCUGCUGGCUUACAGGUGUGUCCACAAGCCCGAGUUUUUUAUGAAGGUGAAAGAAGAAGAAAAAACAGAAUAGCACAACUGUUUUCAGCUCCUCUUUUUGGCUGUGUAUGUAAUUGGGUUUGGAUGUAAUGGAACUUGCUCGGACAGAACCCAAAUGAGGUGUGCCAGAUUGCACAGCUGUGUGGAGAUGCAUGGCCUUGUUUGUUCACCUGACUCAAAAAGGGAAAAUAAAGAUAACUGCUUUCAAUAUCACUUCUCAA